UCUAAAACGAAGGCCGGAUGAUUAGGAGGUUACUGCAUCUUAAAAUGCCCUCUGGCCUCUGGCGAGUGUCGUCUUUUGGGAUCGCUUCCGCGACAUCUCUGCAACCACUGAAUCAGCGGAGAAGAGAGGCAAGAAACCCUCGAGCUCUAUCUCCAAAUCUCUCUUAGCGGGCACUAACUCAGGCAAACUCCAAAACACAAAAAUUCAAUGUAAGAAACUCCACCAGAAGCUCUCAUGGCAUUCAUUUCUAGUGAGCAAGCUUAUUAAACAUGGUCUCUUGUAUCUGAAAAAGAAAAUCUUUUUUCAUCAAUCUAACCAUGAUCUAUUUCCAUAAACUUAGAACACUGUCCAUUCUCAAAUGUGUUUCCUCAAAUUUUGUUGAUAUCUUCAAAACCCCACAAUGGCCUAUGGGGUCUGUAUUUCACAUUGCAAAGAAUCCUAGGUUUUAUGGUAGAAAAAGAGUAGUUCGAACUGAAAAUUGUGAUCAUUUAGCUAAAUCUCCGUUGGGUAAUGGCCAAAGCACUGCCAAAAUCUCUCGGGCCACUAGAAAAGGAGCUCAGGGUGCAUUGUUGGAGUAUUUAUAUCUUACUAGAAACAUCCCAUUUAUGGAUGCACAGGAUAUGAGUUUAAACUCACCUCACUUUCUAGGAAAGUUAUUACAGAAGGUUGAUACUGAGACAGAUAUCUGGUGGUCUGUUGCCCGUUUCUUGCGGUAUCAUCCCAUUAAUGAAUUUGAACCUUUCUUUGAGAGUCUGGGUUUAAAACCUUCUGAGUAUACUCCUCUUCUUCCCCGUGAUUUGAUGUUUUUAAAUGAUGAUGACUUAUUGCUAGAGAACUAUCAUGUUUUGUGUAAUUAUGGGAUUCCAAGAAAUAAGAUGGGAAGGAUUUACAAGGAAGCAACACAAGUUUUCCGAUAUGAUUAUGGUGUCUUGGGAUCGAAACUUCAAGCUUACGAACAAUUGGGGCUUAGCCAGUCUUUUAUUGGUAAGGUGGUUGCUUGUAGCCCUUAUCUUUUGAUUGGGGAUGUGAAUAUAGACUUUAUAAAGGUAUUUGAAAUAUUGAGGAAAGGAGGAAUUGAGUUAGAUUGGAUUGAGGACCAGCUGUUGGAGAACAGAUAUAACUGGAGCCAGAUGCUGUCACUUCUGAAUUUAUUUAGCAAAACAGGUUACAGCAAGGAACAGUUAGGUGGCAUGAUAAGGCAGCAUCCAGGAAUUCUAUUUGAGGGCUCAGGCUGUAAAACACUAUCCCUGAUUGGUUUUCUAUUCAAAUUUGGAUCUUCAAUGAACCAGAUAUGUUCCAUGUUUCUACAUUUCUCUCACUUGCAAAUUGGAAAAUUUGUGUUGAAUUUGAGGCAAUGCUUUCUGUUUCUGAUAGAGAUUGAGAUGGACAUGAGUGAGAUUGGGAAGAUUGUUCGAUCCCACCCGCUUUUGUUGGGCUCAUGCACAUUGAAGAAAACCAAUACCUUACUUGGUACUUUGAAUGUUGGGAAGAAGAGACUAUGUAAAAUCAUUCAGGAUGACCCACGAGAAAUGACAAAAUGGGUAAUGGGAUCAAGAAUUGAACGACUGCCAAACUCAGGGGAGGAAUUAAAGUCAAGAAUGCAGAAGAUUAAAUUCUUGUUGGAUAUGGGAUUGGUAGAGAACACAGACAAAAUGGAAAAUGCACUCAAGGUAUUUCGAGGCAGAGGAACAGAACUCCAGGAGAGAUUUGAUUGCAUCGUGAAAGCUGGUUUGGAAAGCAAGGAUGUUUGUGAAAUGAUCAGACUUUCCCCUCAAAUUCUUAACCAGACAAAGGAAGUUAUUGAAAAAAAGAUUGAUUUUCUUGUAAAUGAUUUGGGCUAUCCCAUAUCGUGCUUAGUCAACUUCCCAGCAUAUCUUUCCUACACGAGACAAAGAGUUGAGAUUAGGGUAGCAAUGUAUAACUGGCUCAAAGAGCAAGGAACUGUUGAUUCCCUACUCGCCUUGAGCACUAUAGUUGCAAGCAUGGAAAACUAUUUUGUUAGACAAUAUGUAAAACAACAUCCUAGAGGCCUUGAAGUGUGGCAGGAUUUGAAGAAAAAAUUUUAUUCUUGAUAGAAGCUAUCAGUUGCACAUUAACUUGUUCUUCAAUGGGUUAUGCUUUCUUGAUAGAGAAGGUGUGGAAUUGUUUGAUUCUGUUACUUCUCCAGGCUGGGAAAUUUGUUGAUAAUAAUUUAUUCACACGCUGUGUAAUGUGUAUUGAAGCUAAUUAGUAGAAGGUUGAGCAUAUGAAGCAAAGGAGAUCUAAGAGCAGGUAAUGGUUAGUUUGUUUUCGAUAUUCUUCUUGUUUUAGACGGUGUUUGAGCAUUUGGCAUUCCCUCAGAAAUGAAUUGGUUUGCCAUGGUUGUAGCAUUGUAUUAUCUCAUUUCUGCUUUUAAUCUUCUUCGUUAUAGCAGUGACAGUGACUCCUUGUUUUAUGCCAAAAUGUAACUUUCAGAUUCCCAUAGAUAGAUUUAACUUAAUUUUUGACAACAUCUAA